ACCCCGAGGACGAGCUGCAGAAGAGAGUGAACGACAAGAAGGGCGACAAGACCCAGAUGGUGCAGGACAUGAAGAAGAUGAAGGCCGGUUUCGGCUACAAGAGCCAGCAGGACAUGAACGACAGGCUGCUGAAGCUGGAGGUGGCUACGACCGACAUCAACGCGCAGAAGCGACAUGUGCGACUCGGACCCCGAGGACGAGCUGCAGAAGAGAGUGAACGACAAGAAGGGCGACAAGACCCAGAUGGUGCAGGACAUGAAGAAGAUGAAGGCCGGUUUCGGCUACAAGAGCCAGCAGGACAUGAACGACAGGCUGCUGAAGCUGGAGGUGGCUACGACCGACAUCAACGCGCAGAGCGACAUGUGCGACUCGGACCCCGAGGACGAGCUGCAGAAGGGAGUGAACGACAAGAAGGGCGAGAAGACCCAGAUGGUGCAGGACGUGAAGAAGAUGAAGGCCGCUUUCGGCUACAAGAGCGAGCAGGACAUGGACGACAGGCUGCUCAAGCUGGAGGUGAAGAACGUCGUGGUGACGAACAUCGUCUCCGAGGGGCCUGCGGGGAGCUCCGAGGGGACGGCUGAUCACAGCACCGACGAGCGUUGCAGCCUCGACGGCGACCCGCACGCCGGCGUGAAUGCCAUCGAUCGCACGCCGCUCGCCGGCACCGUCUGCAGCACGCAGUGUACAGCUACGCCCUCGGACACAGCGAGUCAAUCGAGACUCCUCGAGUACUUGACGAACCACGAGGCCGCCCUCCUCUCUGGGUGCAGCGAGGGCCACGCGGCAGGUGUCCCCCCCCCGUGCCUCGACACCAACGCCCUCGGCAUGUGGAAUACGAUGGGCGUCUUGGAUGAGGCGUCCCUGGAUGAGGCCGCCAACGUGAGCGUCCGCAACAGCAAGCAGAACCCGAUGCAGGGAAUCCAGCAGCCCGACAACUUCGUCCAGCAGUCUGUGGAGCCGACGGCGUACGAGGAGUGCAGCGACGUCAGCCUCUCUAACAGGGCCACCGCGUCCGCGGACCAGCACAACGCCAUCCCGUAUUUCAUGGAGCCGACGGCGCACGAGGACAGCAGCGACGCGCCGAAGGAUGAGUCCCAGGUGAGCGAGAUAGUGCAGGUAGCCGUGCAGGCCACGGCAGUCCCCCCCUGGGAGUGCGACGACCCUGAAGAUGACGAAGACAUGAGGGCCCACAAGCGGCGCUUCCGCGCGAGGCUGAAGCGUAGCUGAUGGGCGCGUUUUGGUUUUGGUCCCCUGGCCGUUGGGCCGCGCGUGGUGCGAAGAUUGCCGCGCCUCCCCUGGGGCUCUCCUGGCGGCGCCUUGUGGCGCAGUGCAAGCACUCUUCAAGAGUAAAUUGGCCUGGGGAGGGCCUGUCGCAGCGUGCGAGGGAUGUCGCCCCCCUCGGCACGGCUGGCAAAAUUUUGAUGGCCCUCCCCAGGCACCCGUCCCCGCCCGAACGGACUACGUCCGAUUGCUCCAGCU